GUCGCACCCGUGCGGAACGCGGCCGCGACGGGGCGGGCGGACUAGCAGGCGCUCAGAGCCGGCCUUGGGUCCUCGGCGCCUAGCGCUCGAACUCCCAUCUCGACCCGCACCCGGCCGGGGACUUCGACCCCGACCCGGCUUGGCCCAGCCCCCGCCCUCGCCCCCCGGGCCGAUGGACUACUCCUACCUCAAUUCGUACGACUCGUGCGUGGCGGCCAUGGAGGCGUCCGCCUACGGCGACUUCGGCGCCUGCAGCCAGCCCGGCGGCUUCCAAUACAGCCCCCUACGGCCUGCCUUCCCCGCGGCAGGGCCGCCCUGCCCCGCGCUCGGCUCCUCCAACUGCGCGCUUGGCGCUCUACGCGACCACCAGCCCGCACCCUACUCGGCAGUGCCCUACAAAUUCUUCCCGGAGCCGUCGGGCCUGCACGAGAAGCGCAAGCAGCGGCGCAUUCGCACCACGUUCACGAGCGCGCAGCUCAAGGAGCUGGAGCGCGUCUUCGCUGAGACCCACUACCCCGACAUUUACACGAGGGAGGAACUGGCGCUCAAGAUCGACCUCACAGAGGCUCGCGUACAGGUCUGGUUCCAGAACCGCCGGGCCAAGUUCCGCAAACAGGAGCGCGCGGCCAGCGCCAAGGGUGCAGCGGGCGCAGCGGGCGCCAAAAAGGGCGAGGCGCGCUGCUCGUCAGAGGACGACGACUCCAAGGAGUCCACGUGCAGCCCAACGCCCGACAGCACCGCGUCUCUGCCACCGCCGCCCGCGCCCGGCCUGGCUAGCCCGCGCCUGAGCCCCAGCCCACUGCCCGCCGCCCUGGGUUCCGGUCCUGGCCCCGGGCCGGGGCCACAAUCGCUCAAGGGCCCGUUGUGGGCCGGCGUAGCGGGCGGUGGGGGCGGCGGGCCCGGCGCGGGAGCGGCCGAGCUGCUUAAGGCCUGGCAGCCAGCAGAGCCCGGGCCCGGGCCCUUCUCGGGGGUUCUGUCCUCUUUCCACCGGAAGCCCGGCCCCGCCCUGAAGACCAAUCUCUUCUAGCCGCCGGACUCUGGAGGCUCCGGGCCUGCCCCCAGAGAUGCCCCUGCUCCUCCAGGACCUGACAGAGUCCCUCCCCAUCCCGGCCACCUGCCUGGAAGUCCCCAUCCGUCCCCACCUCCCACCGUGUCUGACCCCUAGGUGUGCCCUCCCCAGCUUUGGAGACCAAGUCGGGGCCACUCUCAUCCUCACCUACCCCCCACCCAGCAGAGUGGGGUACUUUUCACCGGGACCCCCCCUCCCCCCUGUCCCAGGAGAGACGAGUCCCUUCUAGCUUGGCUUUCU